AUGCGGCUUCUUCCUUUGCUUGCGCUUCUUGCGUAUCUUGUGCCGUGUCUAUUCGUGUUUGCGGCGCAGGUACCUCAUAGUGAGGGCAAUCAGUAUGGGAGCAUCGCCAUUAUAGAAGCUAGAGCAACAGACCAAGAAACUACAACAACUGCAGAUGCAACCACUGGAACGACCGCGAGCGCAACUGGCCAUGCGACAGCUACAGCCAAUUCCACCUCGGCCUCAAAUACAGCCACCUCGGCCACUACGGCUACAGCGACCCUGGCUACACCGGUCCCUGCUGGCAAUGAAACAAACCCGAUCGCUCCUGGCGCUCUCCCCUUGCAGCCUACGAUAACACCUGCAUUGGGGGUUGGUGGUUUCCUUCUACUCGUCGCCGGUGCAGCCCUUGCAAUAAUAGGAAUACGGAAUUUAUGGAUCCAAGUCUUCCUAUCAACCGCUUUCUUAGCAGCUAUUGGUGUAACCGUUCUCAUCGUCUACGUCAUGAAUCCCCCAGUCCGUGUCGCGGUUCAGGGCGCCUACCUCGUCGCUAUUUUCUUCACAGCAGUGACUUUCGGAGCACUAGCGCUUGUAUUUAAGGAAUUAACAGAGGGGCUUGGCUGUCUUUUAGGCGGGUUCUGCAGCAGCAUGUGGCUUCUCUCCCUUAAGCCAGGAGGCCUUCUUACACAGACAAAUUCCAAAAGCGGGUUCAUCGGCGCUAUCUCAGUCGCAUUCUAUGCUCUGUCAUUCAGCCACUACACUCGGCCCUAUGGACUAAUGGCGUCGACUGGUAUUUCUGGGGGUACUGCUGUUGCAUUAGGGAUUGACUGCUUCAGUCGUGCCGGUUGGAAGGAGUUUUGGCUUUAUAUUUGGGCUCUGAACGACGACAUCUUCCCUUUGGAUACAAGCACCUACCCUGUGACUCGUAAUAUCAAAGUUGAGCUUGCCGCCACAGUCAUUAUUGCCGUGCUAGGUGUGAUCUCACAACUCAGGUUAUGGAAAGUAAUUCGGGCAAGAAGGCAGAAAGAGAACGAGGUUCGCGAAAAAGAGCAGAAGGAAAAAGAGGAGGCCGAGCUCGAGAUUGGGCGGAGGUUCGAAGAGAAGAAUAUAGAAGAGCGGUUAGAGUGGGAGGCCAGACAUGGCAAUCCCGACUCUGGCAUUCCAGAGCUUGCAGAUAAUUCAAAGAACGGAUGUACGGCAGACCAUGCAGUCGAUGUGGAGAAAGGCGGUGCAAUUGACACGUCAAGUGUUGCAAGUUCUUCACAGGAGUCCUAUCGUUGCUCUGAUUGCCUAGAGAGGCGAGCGAAUGGUGAAUCUGCUUAUGCUGCUUCGCAAUCAAGUGGGGACACUGGAGACUCUCAGAGUCGACAACUAGAAGAUACCACGGUGGGAGUCGACACAGAAGACCAAGACCAAUCCUCCCUCGAUGGAGAAAAAGUCCCACUCAAAGUGUUUGAUGGGGCAGCCGCAGCCAAAAUCAAAGACGACAAUAGUUCUGAUAUGACAGCUAUCGUUGGGUCCGAAGCCGGAACAAUACAAUCCAAGCGGCUUUCUGGCAGAGACCUGUUGGACAAGGUAUCUGCGGAAAAUAGCGUAAGGCUUAUAUCUCAAUCGCAAGAAGCACUGGUCUCCUGCGAUGGCUCAUCCACGCAAGACUCGGUAGACGGAAACUCUAUUUCCGCCUCUGAGAGUCACAGCAAUGUGGCGGGAAAUCAUAUGGAAGAAGAAAAUAGACCUGCUUCUGAUUCGGAAGAUGCUUCAAUGCUCUCUGCUGUGCAGGAAGCUAAUGGUAAAGAGACAUCCGGGUUGGAGAAGGAUGUUGAAAAAAGCGUCGGGGAGCCCAGCGUCUAUUCGCGAGGGAUAGACGAGCAAAAGUUCGGUGAACUGGAACAAGAGGGGGACAAGCAGGAGAAGAAAGAGAAUAGCCCAACAAAGGAAGAAGCUAGCGAGCGCCUCCCACCAUCACCAUCAUCAUCAGCAGCCCAUGCGAAGGACAUGCCCGAGCCAAAACUUGACAAGCAGUCCACAGAAAUACCUCAAGAAACCGAGAUAGUAGCCGAGACAACAGGGCCAGCAGAUCAAAAUGAUGACAAGCCACGAGUCGUUGGGUCCAGUGUGAAUGGCUCGGCCCCGAAAGAUCGAGAUUCUAAGCCAGUCGAAGUCAGUCAAUCAAAGGAGUCUUCAUCCAGAGAAACACCCCCAAAGAUCAAGGAUCCUGCCCCUGCCAAGCAGAGAUCUUCGAAGUCGGGAUCCGAAACCAAGACUAAGCUUAAGAAAGAAGCACCCCCUCGACUGGAUAUAGAAACUGUGGAACGACUUCCACAACGAACAUCAAAGGUGGUACAAUCCUAUAGGACGAACGAGUGGGCUAAGCAUUUGGAUGAUGCGGAAGCUCCCGAGCCUGAACCGAUCGAGUCAGUCGAAGAGGAUGAACCAGAAACCCCUGAUGAAGUUAAAGAAGCCGCUGCGCCUGUCAAAGUAGAAGAACUGCUGCAAACACCUUUGAAUGCGCAGCCGCCGCCUGCUGUCGAGAGGCGUGUCUCUAUCGCCGAGCCGCCUGUUACAAAGGAAAUUAGCCAGAUGGCCACCGGCUCUCAGUUGCAGUCCAGCGCUCGAGUGCAUAAGAGAGCAUGUUCCGGGCCAUCUGUCUUCCCAGAAACUAAAAUUGCCCAUGCUGCACACCCAGGAACUCAAGGCCAACCGGUUCAAGGAGUUACAGAUGCCGCCAAUGCCUACGACGCGGUGUCUCCUACAGUCGACUCAGGGGAACAGCCGCGUGAAGAGACCGAGGUAGCCAGACCUCAGUGGAAAGGGCCGCCCCCUCUCAUCGCAGUGCGCGAGGGCAUGAUGCGAAACAGAUUGUCAUCUUUCUCGCUUAGAGCCGACCCCUGGCCAUCGAGAUUCGUCCAGGGAUCCGACGUUUCGCCCCGACAAUCAACUUUCCCCAUCCCCGAAGAAGCAGACGACAUGCCUCUCUCCCGGCGUCGAACAAUGCUACAUCAGCAGAUGGCUGUGCAGUCUAAUCGAGCCGCCUCCGUCGCUCAUCCAGUCGGUGUUGCUUUUCUUCUCUCAGCAAUCUUCACCACGACGGCCCUUCCUGUCACCGUGUCUCCUCCUCCUUCUCGUCUCUCAUAUAUUCUCGACUCGUCGCCCGUGUCGGAAACGGCGUCUUUUGCGGCCCCACGGGAUCCUCCUCUUAUAUCCGCGCCCAAGGCUGAAAAGUCUUCCCUGCCCCCGCGCCGUUCGUGGGAGUCCCACCAGCGUGCAUCGUCAUCGGCCUAUCACUCCAAGCCAACGAGCUCCUCCCGAUCCAUACCGCGACACAAGGGUUUCUGGACUCCCUCCGCCAUCUUACGGCCGCCCUCGGUUCGACUCGCGAACCCGGUCAACUACGUCCCGCGAAUUACCCCGGUCACGGUCCCCCAUCCCUUCCAGGGCUCGGAAGAGAAUCUCUGUCUUGAGGCGCACCGAGACGCAUACCCUCUCCUAUCGAUUCCCGAGCGACGUCGCAGCCGACUCACCCCAUCCCCGAAUAGUCUAGUGGUGGAGCGCAGCCAGGGGGAGACCGAAAGUGGGCGCUCCAGCAUCGCAGUGCCUCGAGCGCAACGGCGCAGUGGUACCUUCAACGAAGAUUGGCCGUUACAGGAAAUGCCAGAAUCGGCAGGAAAUCAUGGGAGUCCGGAGGCACAAAGCAUUCGUCCGCCCGACCGGGCACACCUGACCCUAGACCCCGUGGUCGACCGAACCAACCCCCUCGACGACCGUCCCCGCCAUAUACAAUCCCAGGCUUCCCUGCGGUCGCAAGCACAGAUCGCUUCGAUACCGUCGCAUACGGGGCAACACCCCGGUGGCGAAACCGACGUGGCGGAGGAGUUGGCCUGGGGACCAGCCCAUCCGUGUUACCCUCAUAUCAACCCGCAUGUAUCAGUGAGAUCUCAGGAGUACCAUACGACACGCAUCAUUCGGAUUCGUCGAGAUUGGAUGGUUAGGGGAGACCUGGCCCCGACCUUUUCCAACUUGUAUCCGGAGAUCCUCGAUCCAUUACUGCCUGAGCAGGAGUUCCGCAAGAUUAUUGCUACGGUCAAUGACAAGCUCAUAAAAGCAUUCGAUCCAUUCAGCCUUCGGAACUGGAUAGAUGGAGCGCUGGCGCUGUUGACUGGCUGGAUCUGGGAGGAUAUAGGGGCCACGGGAGUCAAAAGCCAGCUCAAGCAGAUAGAAGACUGGGUGGAUAAUUGGAACCGUGAGGUCGGCGCAAAGGACGGGGUAUAUAUCUGGAGUCUUCGACGGACGGCUUACAUGUCGUUGGACAUACAGAUUCCUGAUCCUAAAGUUGGCAUCAUUCCCAGUGAGCAUGGACCAUCACUGCCCGGGACUCGACCGAGCAGUGGUGUCGUCUACGGCUGA